AAUGACUGACGCUAAAAAAUUACUACUAAGGAAGAAAGGCAAAGCUCCUGCUCUUGAUGAAUUGGCCAUUAUUGGUGCUUUUAAGGCUUUUGAUAAAAAUAAUGAUGGGUAUAUUUCUUUAAGAGAAUUAAAGGAAGUGAUGCAAUCAUUGGGAGAAAAUUUAAAUGAUACUGAAAUAAAAAAUAUGAUGGCUGCUGCCGAUGAAAACAACGAUGGUCGAAUAAGUUUUGAAGAAUUCGAUUCAAUGAUAAAACAAGGUUUAAAAAUAAAAGAGAAUCGGGAUGAAACAAGAUUAAAUUUAAUAAAUUCAUCUGUUGAAAGUGGAAAAUCUACAAUUGAAACAAAAAAUAAUGCCCUUUUAUGGCCCCAUUUAGCUCCAUAAAGAAUAAAACUUAUAGUUUUCAAAACCUUUAGAACAUUUCAAUGGGAGAAUAGAACAAUUUAAAGAACUGAAUUUGUAUAUAUGAAAUAGUAAAAUAUGAUUUUAAUUAUUUAAGCCUAUUUCAAACUAAAAGGUAAUGGGAACGUCAAUUUUAUUGUUCUUUAAUUAGUA